AUGGCAUCUUCUUCCCUGCACUACUUCAACUUUGGCAACGGCGCCUCCAAGGACGCAACCCCCCAGGAAUCCGUGCGUGCCUUGCCCGCAUCAUGGUAUACCUCGCGGGAUAUGUACGAGUUGGAGCGCCGAGCCAUCUUUUCUAAGCGAUGGCUCUUCAUCACCCACAGCUCUCGGUUGAAGGAGCCCGGUGACUGGCUCCGUUACGAGCUGGCAGGAUUCGACUUUAUCAUCACUCGCGACCGGAAGAACAACAUCCACGCCUUCCAUAACGUGUGCAGACACCGCGCGUACCCUGUGAUCGAGAAGGAAGGCUCGGGAAACGCCAAAAUCCUGGCCUGUCGCUAUCACGGCUGGUCGUAUGGACUUAAUGGCAAGCUAGCCAAAGCUCCCGGAUAUCAAGGGAUGGCUGGGUUUGACAAGGAGCAGAACGGCCUUUUCCGUAUUCAUACCAAGGUCGACGUCAACGGCUUUAUCUGGGUGAAUAUGGAUGCAAGCGAAGUCCCAGAAGAGCCAUGGGAGGGGCAUUUUGCGGACGUCGACAAGCAAGAACGGUACAAAGCUUACAACUUUGAUGACUAUGACCUUGAUCAUACCUACGAGUUGGACGGCGAGUACAACUGGAAGAUUCUAGCCGACAACUUUAACGAAUGUUAUCACUGCCCUACGACACACGCGGAUAUCCCCGAAUUCCUCAACCUUGAGUCCUUCGACAGCGACACCAAAGACGGCCACAUCCAGCAUCACUGUGAGUCCACGCCAGAGCAGAUAGAAAAGGGACUCUAUACUGCCAGCACCUACUACUUUCCCAUGUCUGCCAUGGUUGUCUCCCCGCACUUCAUCAUGAUCCAAAAGUUCCUCCCUUCAGGGCCGAGAAGCUCCAAGAUGGCAUAUGAGGUCUACAAAAACAGAAACUCGUCCGACACGGAUUUCCAUCUCAUUAGUGACAUGUACGCACGCGUCAUGUCAGAGGAUAAAGUCCUUUGCAACAACGCGCAGAAGAACCUAGACCGCGGCGUCUUUGUCAAUGGCCAGCUGCAUCCCAAGUACGAAAAGGCGCCACUGUUUUUCCAAAGCACGGUUCGAAACGUCAUCACGGAGCAUUAUGAGCGGGAAAAGUCCGAGGGUAAGGAGAUCUGGCCGGCGAAGCAAAAGUUGCCUGGUGACGCGCAAGUGAGUGAGCAGGAUGAGAUGAUUUGUGCGGGUAUUAGUUGCGGGACGCAGAAGGAGGUUUUGACUUGGUAA